AUGUUUCAGACGUUCAAAAGAUGUUUAGCCACAGCAUCCAGGACGUUUACCAAUAAUAAGAAGCAGUUGGAUAGAGCUACACUUACGAUUAAGAAUGGACCUGUUUUCAGUGGGUACUCCUUUGGAGCCAACAGAAAUGUUAGUGGAGAAGCCGUAUUUACCACGUCAUUAGUGGGAUAUCCUGAAAGUAUGACGGAUCCAUCAUAUAAAGGUCAAAUAUUAUGUUUUACACAGCCUUUGAUAGGGAAUUACGGUGUUCCGUCAUCGACUGAAAAGGAUGAGUUCAAUUUGUUGAAAUAUAUGGAAAGUUCGAAGAUACAGUGUAUUGGUAUUGUGGUUGGAGACGUGGCGUUAGAAUAUAGUCAUUGGACAGCAGUGGAGAGCUUGCAACAGUGGUGUAAGAGAAAUGGAGUUGCUGCCAUCACAGGUGUUGAUACCCGGCAGUUGGUGUCGUAUCUCAGAGACCGCGGAUCGAGUUUAGGUAAGAUUACGAUUGGAGAGGAAUACGAUGCUGACGAGGAUGCAGCAUUUGAAGACCCUGGUGCAGUCAACUUGGUUCACAAAGUUACUACAAAGCAACCCUUCCACGUAGCUUGCCCCAAAGAAUAUUCCAAAAACGUACAUAUUGCUGUUUUGGACUGUGGUGCUAAGGAGAAUAUUUUGCGUUGUUUAGUUGAGAGAGGUGCAUCCUUAACGGUUUUCCCAUAUGAUUACCCAAUUGAUAAGAUUGCAAACAAAUUUGAUGGCAUUUUCAUUUCCAACGGUCCGGGAGAUCCAACACAUUGUUCUACAACAGUAGACAAUUUGAGUAAAAUUAUGGAAAAGUGCCCUGAAUUACCAAUCUUUGGCAUCUGUUUGGGCCACCAAUUAUUGGCGUUAGCCAGUGGAGCUAAAACAAUAAAGCUAAAAUACGGUAACCGUGCCCAUAACAUUCCAACAUUAGAUGUGAUUUCUGGCAAAUGCCACAUAACGUCACAAAACCACGGAUAUGCUGUUGAUCCAAACACGAUAGGUACCGAAUGGCAGCAAUUCUUUAUCAAUAUGAACGAUUUGAGUAACGAGGGAAUGAUACACAAAACCAACCCUGUAUUUUCAACUCAAUUCCAUCCCGAGGCUAAGGGGGGCCCUCAAGACACUGCAUAUUUAUUUGACAAAUUUUUUGAUAACAUAAAACAUUACAAAGCAAAUAAUGGAUUAAAUUUACCGAGCGUUGACGGAAGUCUACUCGUUGACAUAUUACCAAAAGAAAGAGUAGAAUAA